AUGGAGAUAAGAGUGGACACCACCUUGCAGACAGAUGUUCAUGUAAAAAACAAUAGACCAGAUAUCUUUGUCCUUGAUAAAACGAAAAACGAAAUCACUCUAAUAGAAGUCGGAAUUACUUCUCACGCCAUGUUAAAGCAAGUGGAAGUAGAAAAACUACAUAAAUAUGAUCUUCUUGCUGGAGAAUUAUCUCAAAUCCACGGUGCGAAGUUUAUCUUUACGUCUGACGAUGCAGGAUCUAGUCUGGCAGGGUUGUUGAUUGGAAUAUACCUUUCUUACUUCAAAACUCUCAUUCCAAAUGACACUGUACAUUCAAAGACAAUGUCUGUACUCCUUGAUGCAAUAUAUCGAGCUAUUCCUUAUGCAGAGACCGAAAUGCUAAAAUCAGGAACUGUCGAGAUAAAUGCGGAACUCAAAGAUGCUCGUUUGGAGGGAAUCCGGAAAGUUUUUUGUCGUCAAAAAGUAGUUCCUGACCCUUCGUUGAUUUGUAAUGCCCCUACGUCUAAUCCUGUCAAUUCCGGGUCUUCUAAUUCUUCGUCGAAUUUUGUGUACUCUGGCAGUGAUACGGAAGAUUAUUUGGUGGAGCAUGACAGCAGUCGUGUUGAUGAAUUUGUGUUUGUUGACAAGAAACGUGGCCACAACCCGAAACACCAGAAACAUCUUUAA